UCUCGAAUUCUGCUUUUACAAACGCAGAAAUACACAUUGUGCCUACAAUAAUAGACAUAACAAACCAAAGGAGUACCUUCAUUUUGGAUUUCUUUGUGCCUUGGUACCGUUGACAAAGAGAAAAUGUCGGACUCCGUCGUCGUGUGGCAAGUACUGUUGUUGGCUUUGUUCUUCCUGUGUGCUGUCCACGGGCAGGUCAGCUAUUCUGUUCCAGAGGAGAUGUCGAAGGGAUCUAUGGUUGGAAACAUAGCUCAGGAUUUAGGUUUAGACUUGAAAAGACUGAAAGCAGGCAAAGCUCGUAUUUACACAAAGGACAGCACCCAGUAUGUCGAGCUGAAUAAAGACAGAGGGCUGCUGCUUAUCCGGGAGAGGAUAGAUAGAGAGGCUUUGUGUGGGAAGAAGACGCCAUGCGCUCUGCACUUUCAGAUUAUUCUGGAAAAUCCAGUGGACAAUGUCAGCGUCACAAUAAACAUUCAAGACCAAAACGAUAACGCACCGCAGGUCUUAUAUCCGGUACAGACCACUGGUUCAGUGGUAGCUGAAAUUGUGCCUCGUUCAGCAGAUGUAGGCUAUCUGGUCACUAAAGUGGUGGCUGUGGAUGUGGACUCUGGUCAGAAUGCCUGGCUCUCAUAUAAACUACAGAAAGCGACAGACAGGGCUCUGUUUGAAGUGGGCGCACAGAAUGGAGAAAUAAGAACCAUUAGGCAGGUUACUGACAAGGAUGCUGUAAAGCAAAAACUUUCAGUGAUUGUGGAGGACAACGGACAGCCCUCUCGCUCUGCUACAGUGAAUGUCAACGUGGCUUUAGCUGACAGCUUUCCAGAAGUGCUCUCAGAGUUCAGUGAUUUUACGCACGACAAGGAAUACAACGACAACCUGACUUUUUACUUAGUGUUGGCCCUGGCUGUAGUUUCAUUUCUGUUCAUCGUGUCCAUCAUAGCCAUACUGUCAGUGAAGUGCUACAGAUGGAGACGUGAGAGGAUGUUCUAUAAAUCAAAUGGACAGCUCCCCGUUAUUCCCUACUACCCGCCACUUUACGCAGACGUUGGGGGCACUGGUACUUUGCAGCACGUGUACAACUAUGAACAUUACAGAACAACAGACUCCAGGAAGAGUGAUAUGAAGUAUGUCAGACCUUGCGAUCAAAGCAUCCUCAGCCUGGAUAACACUGACAUCCAGACACUUCCGCAUGUGCACAGCGAGAAACUGAUUUAUGAUUCUGGCGAUCAGGUGAGAAUUUGA